GGAGGCGGUCGCAAUAAAAACACAUGGGUGAAGGUAGGAAAGUGAUGGAUCUGGCAUCACGAGGGACGAGGCUGGAACUCAGGAAACAUGUUUUGUAGCUGUUCCUAGAACGGGUGAUCUGACUCCUGUCCCUCUUCAGGCCGGCAGCUCUUGGUGACCCCCUCCAGCCCUGACAAGCACUGGUGGCAGUGGAGAUGGAGAUGCCCCUUGCAGAGAGGCCCAUCAGGAGGAGAGUGGCUUGCUUAUUCUCUCCAUGCCCGUGAGGAGAAUUGACUGCCAUUCCCACAGUAUGGCCGCCCUGGGUCUGUCUCCCACAUUAACCAUGUCUGUCCAGGACCCUGCCUGUCUCCAGGAGCUAGAAUUUCCUUUUUCGUCAAAACAUCAUCCCUGUCCCCAGAAUUUGCACCUGAUUGCUUGGCGUGGUCUGGAGCCUUGCACACCAUCCAUUGUUGCUUCUCAGGAGUCUGUGACUUUCCAGGAUGUAGCUGUGGACUUCACUGAGAAGGAGUGGCCCCUGUUGGAUUCCUCUCAGAGAAAGCUGUAUAAAGAUGUGAUGCUGGAGAACUAUAGCAACCUGACUUCCCUGGGGUAUCAGGUUGGCAAACCCAGCCUCAUCUCACACUUGGAGCAAGAGGAGGAUCUGAGGACAGAAGAGAGGAGCAUGGAGCGAAGUCCCCUUUCGAAUUGGGAAACUCCAUGUAAAGCCAAGUGGUCAAUUCUCAUGGAAAACAUCUUUGGGAAGGAAGUGUCCAGUGGUGUGACAAUGGAAAGGAGCCUAACUGAGAAGUCCUCUGACUAUGCCAACUUAUUUGAAGUCUUAAGCAUGGGCCCUCAUCUUCCUCAGCCAAUGGGAAGUUCUGCUGUGAAGAGACCCUAUCACCAUUACACUUGUGAGAUCUCGUUCAAGACCAGGACCCACCCAGCUCAGCACGUGAGUGUGUAUGAUGGGAGGAAAAUGCACGAAUGCCACCAGUGCCAGAAAGCCUUCACCACAAGCGCCUCCCUGACUCGGCACCGGAGGAUCCACACAGGGGAGAAGCCCUAUGAGUGUGGGGACUGCGGGAAAGCCUUCAAUGACCCAUCAGCCCUCAGGAGCCAUGCGAGAACUCACCUCCAAGAGAAACCUUUUGACUGCAGUCAGUGCGGAAACGCCUUCCGCACCCUAUCAGCCCUGAAGAUCCACAUGCGUGUUCACACCGGUGAGAGACCCUACAAGUGUGAGGAGUGUGGGAAGGCUUACGGCAGGAGCUGCCACCUCAUUGCACACAAGCGGACACACACUGGAGAGAGGCCCUACGAGUGCCGGGACUGUGGGAAAGCCUUCCAACACCCGUCGCACCUGAAGGAGCAUGUCCGGAACCACACGGGGGAGAAGCCCUAUGCAUGCACGCAGUGUGGCAAAGCAUUCCGCUGGAAGUCCAACUUCAAUCUGCACAAGAAGAACCAUCUGGUACAGAAAACCUAUCAGUGCAAAGAAUGCGGCAAAUCUUUUGGGGAUCUCCUGUCUCGACAGAAACACAUGAGGCUCCACAUCGUAAAGAAGCCCGUGGAGUGUCACCAAUGUGGAAAAAACUUCCGGAACCAGUCCAUCCUAAAGACACACAUGAAUUCCCACACCGGAGAGAAGCCAUAUGGCUGCGACCUCUGUGGAAAAGCCUUCAGUGCCAGCUCCAACCUCACUGCACACCGGAAGAUCCACACCCAGGAGAGGCGUUAUGAGUGUACCGCAUGUGGCAAAGUCUUCGGUGAUUACCUGUCCCGCAGGAGACACAUGAGCAUCCAUCUAGUUAAGAAACGCGUGGAGUGUCGACAGUGUGGGAAAGCCUUCCGGAACCAGUCCACACUGAGGACACACACGCGGAGUCACACGGGAGAGAAGCCAUAUGAGUGUGACCACUGCGGGAAAGCCUUCAGCAUAGGCUCCAACCUGAACGUGCACCGGAGGAUCCACACAGGAGAGAAGCCCUAUGAGUGCCUCUCCUGUGGGAAAGCCUUCAGCGACCACUCAUCCCUCAGGAGCCACCUGAAGUCCCAUAGGGGAGAGAAACUCUUUGUACCCUCUGUGUGGAAAAGGCUUUAGUGAGUACUUGGGUGAGCUAGACCAGAAGCCUGCAGGAGAUUUGCUCUAACUUUCCAGGGAGUAAGCAGUACUGGUUCUUUCUGUGAGUGCUUGUGCACCUACACUAUGGGGAGGACUCGAACACAUAUCAAGCUCUGAAACACCCAAGAAGUUUGGGGAGAGAAGCUUAGCUUAGCAUUUAGUGUUGAAAACCAUUUCAGUGCAUCUCAUCUUCUGGGUCUAUAAGGGGCCAUCUCUGUCACUGUGAUGGCAGGAUGGUCUCUCCUGAUCUCACUCAUGACGAAAGCACCAAAGCACAAAGCAAGGAAUGUGGCAGGGGGGCCAGCUGCCUGGAAACAUUUUUGGUUUCUAGAAUGGGGAAUAGUGCUAUGGGCACCUGGCAGCCAUGUGAUUAUCCUGUUAGUGCCCGGGAGCCCCCCACCAUGUCAGUGUUGCUGAGGCUGAUCAGUCUGCAUGAUUCCACAGUUGUCUGCAACAACCCCUCAGGUCUUGUGGUUCUCAUGAACACUUCUGCUAGGAAAUAACAUUUUCCUUUGAAAACUUAUAAAUGUAAUGCAGUUCUUACAGGAAGCUCGUGAGAACUUUACGCUGCUGAUAAAUCUUGAGUAGAAAUGAUUUGUAUGCAUUGGAGAGGGACCCCAGCAAGUGGUUUCUCCCUUGAGUAUGGGAUUGCACUUAGUUUUCCCUGGUGCAAACAUGCCCAAGCUCAUUCAUCCUUACUCUUGAUGUUCAUGGUUAUGCUAUUCAUUACAAAAUGUAUGUAUGUAAUUUUUAUUUUUAAAAAUUUUUGUCAGUCAUGGGGCUUGAACUCUGGU